GGGCCGAGUGUCCCCCUCCAGGCCCGCCCUCCGGCCGCGUCCCCGCCGGCCCUGCCGACGUGGCGGGGCGGGACCCACCAGGCUCUCCCGCGCGCACUCGGCCGCCCAAGCGAUAUUAAAAUGUCUGACGAUGCCGGUGACACCGUAGCCACUGGAGACAACGCAGAAAUUACCGAGAUGCCCAAUAGUUAUUCUUUACCCAAAGAUGCAAAGGAGCACGGCGAUUCAGCUUUGAUUUCAAGUGAGCCAACGCUGGCUGAUGCCAGAGGAGACGUGCAUGAAAAUGCAGACAUUCAAGGUGCAGAGAGUGCUGACACUGGGCACGCUGAGCAGCCUGAAGACACCAGUGUCACGGAGCCCUCCAUCAACGGAGAAGUGAGUGAGGAUGCGCUUGCUGAAUGCAUUGAUGCCGUCAGCCUCGACGCAGAACCUGGAUCUGAAAUACCCCUGAGAGAAGAGGAUAAUCUGGCUGUGGAUUCUCCUCCACGUGGAGGGGGCUGGGCAGGCUGGGGCUCCUGGGGCAAAUCUCUGCUCUCGUCAGCAUCUGCCACCGUAGGUCAUGGAUUGACAGCAGUCAAGGAAAAAGCAGGGGCCACCCUACGGAUUCAUAGUGUAAAUUCCGGCUCUUCUGAAGGGGCCCAACCUGACACCGAAAAUGGCGUCCCUCAGAUAGCAGAUGCGGCCACAGAUCAGAGCCCCACAGAAAGCCCCCCGACUUCUCCUUCAUCGGGGUCUCGGGGCGUGCUGUCAGCCAUCACCAAUGUGGUUCAAAACACAGGUAAGAGCGUCUUAACAGGUGGUCUUGAUGCUUUGGAAUUCAUCGGCAAGAAAACCAUGAAUGUCCUUGCGGAAAGUGACCCAGGCUUUAAGCGGACCAAGACUCUCAUGGAGAGAACCGUUUCCUUGUCUCAGAUGUUAAGGGAGGCCAAGGAGAAGGAGAAGCAGAGGCUGGCGCAGCAGCUCACAGCCGAGAGGACCGCACACUACGGGAUGCUGUUUGAUGAGUACCAAGGCUUGUCGCACCUGGAGGCCCUGGAAAUUCUGUCCAAUGAAAGUGAAAGCAAGGUUCAGUCAUUUUUAGCAUCAUUUGAUGGGGAGAAGCUGGAACUCUUAAAAAAUGACCUAAUUUCCAUUAAAGACAUCUUUGCAGCCAAAGAAUUAGAGAAUGAAGAGAAUCAAGAAGAACAAGGCUCAGAAGAAAAGGGAGAAGAAUUUGCUAGCAUGCUUACAGAGCUUCUCUUUGAAUUACAUGUUGCGGCCACUCCUGACAAACUCAAUAAGGCCAUGAAAAAAGCUCAUGACUGGGUAGAAGAAGAUCAAACUAUACUGCCAGUAAGUGUGACAGAAGAGUCAGAGGAGAAAACUGAAAAGGAAGAAAAGGAAGAGAAACCUGAAAACCCUGAAGAAGAUGAAAAGGAAGAAAAGACAACUAAAACGGUUGAGGAAGUGUACAUGCUGUCCAUCGAAAGUCUGGCAGAAGUAACAGCACGCUGUAUUGAACAGCUUCAUAAAGUAGCAGAAUUAAUUCUUCAUGGACAAGAAGAGGAAAAACCAGCUCAGGACCAAGCAAAAGUUCUGAUAAAAUUAACUACUGCAAUGUGCAAUGAAGUGGCCUCCUUAUCAAAGAAGUUUACGAAUUCCUUAACCACUGUUGGGAGCAACAAGAAGGCCGAAGUCCUUAACCCCGUGAUCAAUAGUGUACUGUUAGAGGGCUGCAAUAGCACGACAUACAUACAGGACGCCUUCCAGCUGCUGUUGCCAGUUCUGCAGGUUUCACAUAUCCAGGCCAGUUGUUCAGAAGCACAGCCAUGAUCUGGCCAGACUCCAUCUCAAUAAAGGAAACAACAGGCUACAUUGCUUUGAUAUAUUUAUCACUGAAGGUGAUGUUUUCUACGCAUCUGGCUGCAGACACCCCUUUGACAACACUACAAGCAAUUUUGCACAGACAGUAUUGAGAAUGCAAGUUCAAAGAGAGUAUCGUUUCUCUUAAUGUACAUGGUUGGUUUACAAUAGUCGUAUUUUCUUUGUGUUAAUUUAAAUUUACACAGCUUUGUAUUGA